GCCCCGGAGAGCGGGCGGGCAGCGGGAGGGGAGGCGGCGACGGACGGGACCCCGCCGAGCAGCACCCAGCCCUGUGACCGGACCACCAGGCACCGGGGGACCCCACAGUCCCGGGAUGUGGGGCACAGCCUUCACCAGAUCAGCGGGGACCUUGCGCUGGAGUUCCCCGAGGUUCAGAUCGGGACCAGGACGGUGAAGGCGAGGAGUCGCAGCACGGAGUACGAGGAGAUGGACAGCGACGAGGAGUGGGAGCAGCUGAUCGAGGCCACUGACCCGUCCACCCUACAGCUCAGCACCCCCCUCGCCCUGCUGAGGGACCCCGCCUUCCGGGAGCGGCUGCGGGCCCGGCUGGGUGAUUCCAGCACGCAGGUGCUGGAGGGGAUGUUGGAGGGAGCAUUGCGGCUGCGGCCGGCGCUGCGCGUCACCGCUAACCUGCUGUCCACACGCUGCGACGGGGAGCUGCUGCACGGCUUCUGCUGCACCCUGGGGCUGCCCGACGUCCUGCUGCAGCUCUGUGGGCCCGUGGUGCACAGCAUCCAGCUCCGGGAACUGCCCUGGAGAUGUGCCGUCCUCUGCGAUCUGCUCUGCGUCCUGUCUGCGUACUUCGCCUGUGAGUUCAGCACCGAGCCUGGCAGCGGGGUACAGGAGGUGGAUCCAUCGGCCUCGCAGUUCCUCACUCUGUUCCCUCAGCUGCUGUCAGAAGGGAAUGAUCAGGAAUCUCGGGUGAAGGAGCGAACACUCACGUGUCUAAUCCUUCUCUGUGAGACGAUGGACCGGACCUCUCAGGCUUCUGCUCGCCGGUUUUAUGAAUCUCUGCUGUCUGAGCACCAGGCCGUACUCAUCGGUGUCCUGCAAGGUCACCAGGAAGUCACAGAGCAGGAAGGCUCGGAAGGAUCUGCGGCGUUCCGGGAUCGCCUUCAGGCUACGUACACGGCGGCCUUGUCUGCCCUCUGCCACGUUCCACCGGGAGCGGGCGGCUGUCCGGAAUCCAAACGCAAGUUGCAGGUGGCGCAUUAUGUGGACGGACGCCUCUUUCCCACGGAGAACGCAGCGGGAACUAAUGGCUUCCUGAAGGGAAUCAAUGAGCAGAGCCUGGCCCUCGACACACUCAAGGUUCUCUACUCUUGCUGCACCGUCAGUAAAGACACCUGUCACCUCGUCAUGGAUGAGGCUGUGCAGAAUCUGCUCGUGAUUCUCGAAAACCAGGUCUCCCCCGACGAGCCCGUGCAGUCUCAGACCCGGGAACUCUCUCUGUACCUGCUGUCAUUGAUGGUGAUACAGUUGGAUCGUGUCCCUGACACACUGGAAGGGGCAACAGGGACCAUCACUGCGAUGUUGCUGCGGUCUACGGCUCACACCAGUGCUGCUGCCCUCCUGCUGAUCGAGUUGAGCUCUCGAGGUUGUUCACUGGAGCUUCUGCUUGAAGACUUCCUACAGGCUGCCCUCGUCGCCCUGACCUCCACCUUCCAGCUCUCGGUGGUCCCACCACUGCACCGGGGAAUGUUGGAUGGGCUACUGAUGCUGUUGCUGCAGAUCGCAACUGAGGGUGAUGCUGCCGUCCUCCAGUGCUCCGAGGUGUGGCCGGCCCUUUGGCAGCGAGUGGCCCACGCUCUCCGCCUGUGCUCGGACGGGCCGGUGAUGGAGGGGGAGACACCCCGACCGGGGAGACCCACCCCCGCCCCGGACUGGAGCUGCCUCUCCCCCUCCGGGCUGCUGACGUUCCUGAGCCUCGCCACGCUGGUGUUCACCGCCGUCCCGCAACAGUGCGUCCCUCUGCUCUCCAGCCCCACCACCGUCGUCCUGGCGACCCUCGGCUACCUGUUGUCGGAGCAGUUCCUCGCUCACCUGAAUGACAGGCUGAGCCCUGAGCCCGGAGGAGGGGACGCGGACUGUGCGUCCUGCGUGGUCCUGCGCGUGUGCCAGAUCCUGUGUUUCCCCUUCGCCGUGGACGUGGAGGAGCCGCUGUACAGCGACGUGCUGCUCGCACUGCUGGAGGGGGAGAUGGUGCGUCACCUGGUGAAGGUGUCCCUGUGCGGCCUGCCCGCCCCGGAGCCGGACCUGCCCCUCUGGCUGCUCUGCCGCCUCUCCCUGUGUGGGCCGCCCUUCCUGGGUCAGCUGCAGGGCUGCCUGCCCCCGUCCCGGGCCAGCUCCCUGCUGCACCGGCUGCUGGGACCCCCGGGGACCCUGGGACCGCCCUCUGGCCUGCCCCAGCUGCUGGCCCUGCUGGCCCAGAUGCCCCACUCCGGCCCCGGCGGUCUGUCCUACCUGCGGGAGGUGCUGGGGGGCCCUGGGGCCCACUACCGCCCCCUGCUGCGGGCCCUGUCCCACCCCGAGGCCUGGGUGCGGUCCCAGGCCUGCCGGCUGGCCUCGGGGCUGCUGGCCGGGGGCAGGGAGGGCGGGGAGGCCCUGCUGCCCGCCGUCCUGGCCCGGCUGCGGGACCCCGAGCCCGGAGUGAGGGCCCGGGCCUGUGUCGCCGCUGGCAAUGGGGCUUACCAAGCAGGGCCCGGGGCCUGUGGCCUGCUGCCCGCCGCCCUGCCCCUCCUGCUCUCCCUGCUGGGGGACGGGAGCCCACGGGCCCGGAGCGCUGCUGCCUGGGGGCUGGCCAACCUGUCCCGGGGAGGGGGCGAGGGGGCGGGGGAGGCCCUGCUCCGGGCUGGUGCCCCCCAGCUCCUGCUACGACUGGCCUGCGGGGACCAGCAGCCCCACGUGGUGGCGGCCGCCCUGGGAUCCCUCAGGGGCCUGUGCCGGCGGGAGGAGGCACGGCAGGUCCUGCUCUCCCUCAAGGCACCUGAACUACUGUCCCAGUUGCGCGAUCGGACACGGCAGAAGGCGUCUCUCAGCACCCCCGGCACGCAGACCCACGGCGCCACCCGCGACCUCCUGCACCACUGCUCCCGCCUCCUGGACACACUGAAGUGAACCCCUCCCUCCCUCCCUCCCCCUAUCCAUCCCCGGGGGCGGAUAUCGGCAGCGUUGCAGACAACGGUACGGAAACAAGCCCUACACCCUCACAAACCAAAGCGGCGGGUUAUCUGAAGCCGGGGACCUGGCCCUUCGCCCUCACGGACAGAAGCGGUGGGUUAUCUGAAGCCGGGGACCUGGCCCUUCGCCCUCACGGACAGAAGCGGUGGGUUAUCUGAAGCCGGGGACCUGGCCAGAUGCCUCACAAACAGGAGCGGCGGGUUAUCUGAAGCUGGGGACCUGGCCUUUCACCUCAUGAACAGAAGCGGCAGGUCAUCUGAUGCCAGACACCGGGGAUAUUUGUACCCUGGGUCGUGUUUCACCGAGACCCAGAGUGACCUUCCUUCAGGAAUAAACCGUGUCUUUCCCAAUUCCUGCCGAAUGUUGAUCAGACUGAAUAAAGCUCCCACACUGAGAAGGA